GUUCAUCCAAAUUUCUACCUUUACUCACUUGGUUUUAACCCUCCAUUUCCUACCAAUUCGGGAACACACACACACAUACACACACUCUCUCUCUUUCUAGGACCCAUUGGGACUGUAGCUGUUAAAGGAGUUUAUAAUAAGUUCUCUGUUUUGCAGUCUCGCCGCCUUUGUUCUCUUCCUGUGGUUGUUCUUCCCAGAUUGAAUAUUUAGCUACUUGUAAUUCUCAGCAUUCCAAGAGUAGAGGAGCGCUGAGCCAAUAUCAAUAAUUCAGAAAUUGAUGAGAAGCUACAUCUGACAUGAAUAUAUUCAAGCAGCUUGCGCGCAGCAAACAUGGGUUGAAUGGAGUCACAAAGUAUUGUAAAGGAUUAUGUUCAUCCUCCCUCAACUUAUCAGCAAAUGCCUCAGUGGAAGUUCAUUUUCAGGAGCAAGAAGUAGUGAUUGCCUUGGGAAGUAAUGUGGGUGACAGACUGCAUAAUUUUAAUAAAGCCUUGCAGUUGAUGAAAAAGGCAGGCAUAAAAGUCACAAAACAUGCUUGCUUGUAUGAGUCGGCACCGGCCUAUAUAACAGAUCAGCCUUACUUUCUGAACUCUGCUGUCAGAGCUUCUACAAAGCUUGGUCCUCAUGAGUUAUUGGGAGCACUUAAGAAAAUUGAACAAGACAUGGGUCGUACUGGAGGUAUAAGGUAUGGUCCUAGGCCAAUUGAUUUGGAUAUAUUGUUCCAUGGAAAUUUCAAGGUCAAUUCUGAUAUUCUUACCGUCCCCCAUGAAAGAAUUUGGGAAAGGCCAUUUGUAAUGGCCCCUUUAAUUGAUUUACUGGGAUUAGCUACUGAGAGUGAUACAGUAGCCUGUUGGCAUUCUUUCUCUACACAUUCUAAUGGACUUUUUGGAUCAUGGGAGAAAAUGGGUGGUGAUUCCCUCAUUGGAAAGGAAGGUCUGAAGAGGGUUUUGCCCAUUGGAAAUGGCUUAUGGGACUGGACGGAGAAAACCUCAGUCAUGGGUAUCCUCAAUCUGACCCCAGAUAGUUUUAGUGAUGGAGGAAAGUUUCAAUCUGUGGAAGCUGCAGUUUCUCAGGUCCGCUUGAUGGUUUCCGAGGGUGCUGAUAUGAUUGAUAUCGGUGCACAAUCUACAAGGCCAAUGGCUUCCAGGAUUUCUCCUGAAGAAGAAAUGGACAGACUUAUCCCUGUUUUAGAGGCCAUUCUUGGGAUGCCUGAAAUAGAGGGAAAGCUUGUUUCUGUAGAUACCUUCUAUUCAAAAGUUGCAUCAGAAGCAGUUAGCAAAGGGGCUCAUAUUAUAAAUGAUGUAUCCGCUGGGCAGUUAGAUUCAGACAUGUUUAGGGUUGUUGCAGGCCUUGAAGUUCCUUAUAUUGCAAUGCACAUGAGGGGUGAUCCAUCAACAAUGCAGAAUAGUGAGAACCUGCAAUAUGAUAAUGUCUGUAACCAGGUUGCCUCUGAGUUAUACUCGAGGGUGAGAAAUGCGGAAUUAUUGGGUAUUCCAGCUUGGAGGAUAAUUACUGACCCUGGAAUUGGAUUCUCAAAGAAUACUGAACAAAAUUUGGAAAUACUUGUGGGGUUACCAAACAUUCGAGCAGAGAUUGCAAGGAAAAGUUUGGCGUUGUCUCAUGCUCCUUUACUCAUUGGACCUUCCCGAAAGAAAUUUUUAGGUGAAAUUUGCGGUCGUCCUUCUGCAGUUGAAAGGGACCCUGCUACUGUUGCUUCCAUCACUGCUGCAAUCUUGGGUGGUGCCAACAUUGUGAGAGUACAUAAUGUUAGAGAUAAUCUGGAUGCCACAAAGCUAUGUGAUGCAAUGCUGAGACAGAAGAGAUCUUCUGUUUUAUAUUAGGAAAUUCAACAGAUAAACAUUUUUUCUCUUUCACAGAAUAUGUGCUUUGUAUUUGUUCCACCCGUAUCAAAGUUAUUUGAUUCGGUAUAUUUCAUGUUCAAACUACCUUCUACUUCUAUUUGAUUCAACACAUUUUAUUUUCAAAUA